CCGCGCUCCGCCCAGCUCCGUUCCGCUCCGCAGAGCCGACGCGGACAGGGCGCGGGGAGGGCGGCACUCGGCCGGGGCCUUCGCACCACGCGCUCCCUCCGCGGCGAGACCUGGGCCCCGGGGCGGCUCCCCAGAGCCCCGGAGCGGGCGAAGGGAGGGAGCAGGCUCGGGACUGGAGGCGAGGGAGGGAGCGAGGAGCCGGCCUGGGUCGCGUGCACCGGCGCGCUCAGCUCCGGGUCCCCACCCCCCCCCAGCCCCGGCAGGGGCCUGUCGCCGCCUGCCUCCACUUGCCCUCGGGAAGGACGGUACACCCGCGACCCGUCGGGGGACCACGGCCACUCCGCGGGAAUCCAGGGGCAGGGUCCACGCGACGGCUCACGCGGCACAGGGUUUUGGAUGAGAAGGAGCUGACAGGAGCUGAGCCCUACCUUCUCUGUGAGCUGGGAAGCAGGGCGACAUAGCCCCAGUGGCACCCAUGCCGAAGAACAGCAAGGUGACCCAGCGUGAACACAGCAAUGAGCAUGUCACUGAAUCAGUGGCUGAUUUGCUGGCCCUCGAGGAGCCUGUGGACUAUAAGCAGAGUGUACUGAAUGUGGCUGGUGAGACAGGUGGCAAGCAGAAGGCGGCGGAGGAGGAGCUGGACGCAGAGGACCGGCCAGCCUGGAAUAGCAAACUGCAGUACAUUCUGGCCCAGAUCGGCUUUUCUGUGGGCCUUGGCAACAUCUGGAGGUUCCCCUACCUGUGCCAGAAAAAUGGAGGAGGUGCCUACCUGGUGCCCUAUCUGGUGCUGCUGAUCAUUAUUGGCAUCCCCCUCUUCUUCCUGGAGCUGGCUGUGGGCCAGAGGAUCCGCCGUGGCAGCAUUGGUGUGUGGCACUACGUGUGCCCCCGCCUGGGGGGCAUCGGCUUUUCCAGCUGUAUUGUGUGUCUCUUUGUUGGGCUAUACUACAACGUGAUCAUUGGAUGGAGCAUCUUCUACUUCUUCCAAUCUUUCCAGUACCCACUGCCCUGGAGUGAAUGUCCUGUCAUCAGGAAUGGGACUGUGGCAGUGGUGGAGCCUGAGUGUGAGAAGAGCUCAGCCACUACCUACUUCUGGUAUCGAGAGGCCUUGGACAUCUCCAACUCCAUCUCAGAGAGCGGGGGCCUCAACUGGAAGAUGACACUCUGCCUCCUUGUGGCCUGGAGCAUCGUGGGCAUGGCCGUAGUCAAGGGCAUCCAGUCCUCUGGAAAGGUAAUGUAUUUCAGCUCCCUCUUCCCCUAUGUGGUGCUGGCCUGCUUCCUGGUCCGGGGGCUGCUGCUGCGAGGGGCGGUUGAUGGCAUCCUGCACAUGUUCACACCUAAGCUGGACAAGAUGCUGGACCCCCAGGUGUGGCGGGAGGCAGCCACACAGGUCUUCUUUGCCCUGGGAUUGGGCUUUGGAGGUGUCAUCGCCUUUUCCAGCUACAACAAACAGGACAAUAACUGCCACUUCGAUGCUGCCCUGGUGUCCUUCAUCAACUUCUUCACCUCGGUGUUGGCUACCCUCGUGGUGUUUGCUGUGCUGGGCUUCAAAGCCAACAUCAUGAAUGAGAAGUGUGUGGUCGAGAAUGCUGAGAAAAUUCUAGGGUACCUCAACUCCAAUGUCUUGAGCCGGGACCUCAUUCCACCCCAUGUCAACUUCUCACACCUGACCACCAAGGACUACUCAGAGAUGUACAAUGUCAUCAUGACAGUUAAGGAGAGCCAGUUCUCAGCCCUGGGCCUGGAUCCCUGCCUCCUGGAGGAUGAGCUGGACAAGUCUGUGCAGGGCACAGGCCUGGCCUUCAUCGCCUUCACUGAGGCCAUGACACAUUUCCCGGCCUCCCCCUUCUGGUCUGUCAUGUUCUUCCUGAUGCUCAUCAACCUGGGCCUGGGCAGCAUGAUCGGGACCAUGGCAGGAAUCACCACACCCAUCAUCGACACCUUCAAGGUGCCCAAGGAGAUGUUCACAGUGGGCUGCUGUGUCUUUGCAUUCUUCGUGGGGCUGUUGUUCGUCCAGCGCUCCGGAAACUACUUUGUCACCAUGUUUGAUGACUACUCGGCCACCCUGCCACUCACCGUCAUUGUCAUCCUCGAGAACAUCGCUGUGGCCUGGAUUUAUGGAACCAAGAAGUUCAUGCAGGAGCUGACAGAGAUGCUGGGCUUCCGACCAUACCGAUUCUAUUUCUACAUGUGGAAGUUUGUGUCUCCGCUGUGCAUGGCUGUUCUCACCACAGCCAGCAUCAUCCAGCUGGGGGUGUCGCCCCCGGGCUACAGUGCCUGGAUUAAGGAGGAGGCUGCCGAGAGAUACUUGUACUUCCCCAAUUGGGCCAUGGCACUGCUGAUCACCCUCAUUGCCGUGGCAACCCUGCCCAUCCCUGUGGUGUUCAUCCUGCGGCACUUCCACCUGCUCUCCGAUGGUUCCAACACCCUCUCUGUGUCCUACAAGAAGGGCCGCAUGAUGAAGGACAUUUCCAAUCUGGAGGAGAAUGAUGAGACCCGCUUCAUCCUCAGCAAGGUGCCCAGUGAGGCACCCUCCCCCAUGCCCACCCACCGCUCCUAUCUGGGGCCUGGCAGCACAUCACCCUUGGAGACCAGCGGCAAUCCCAAUGGACGCUAUGGAAGCGGCUACCUCUUGGCCAGCACCCCUGAGUCAGAGCUGUGACCACAGCUCCACCCGGCCUGCCUUCCCUCAAUAUCCAACCUGCCCACUUCUCUGGGCCUGGCCUCUUCCUCCAUGGUGGCCACCAGACCCAGGCCAGUCCAAAGAGAGAAGAUCUGCCCUGCCUUGUUCCCCACCCAAGUCCCAGAAGAUUCCCUACCUGUGAUCAGGGGCCUGGGGACCAUUCAGUCCCCGUUCCAGGACUCCAACCCAUGUAACUUUUUAAAGAACUCUUGCCAAGUUGCAACCAACGUAACCACAACAGUCCCAGGAUGGGGGAAACUUCAAGUGGGCAUUUUAGGAGUCACCACCCCUUUCCCUGUCAAACUUAACCACUUGCAGUUCUUGGGUCUCGGGGAGGGUCACUUUGUGCUGCUGGUCACAGUGGUGGCGGUGGGCAGAGGCUUCAGGGUUGAGCAUGCAGGAGGCAGAUGUUAGCCCAGACUGCCAUAAGAACAGGACUCAGCAUCCUGUCCAGCCAAGCUGGGCUGUUCCUGAGCUAAGAUGGAGUAGGGAUGCGUGUGUCAAGACUCGGGCUUUGAUUUGCCCUGAGGUAUAUGGAAACUCCUCAAUUCUGUCUUCUGAGAAAGGCCGUGUGUUGAACGGAAUGAAUCCGCAGCCAGCUCAGGGAAUCUCUGAAUGUCCCUGCAUCCCCUGACAGGGGCAGGUGGCGGUAUGUUCCUGAUUUUGCCUGAGAGCAUGGUGGUGGCGUCACCUUAGCUAGGGUUUAGCUAUUUCUCAAUCUCUUCUCUCCAGCCUGGAUCCAGGGGUGGUGGUCUUUGCAUCUGUCCCAGAGAGAAAGCAGGGAGGGGAGAAGGCAGUGCAAGUCAAGGUCUCCAGAGCACAACUGGUAGGUUCCCAGCACAAUCUCAAUGGUAUGGAGCACAAGGGAAACACACUCUUCCACACCUCAUCUGGAGCUCGAUAUUCUCUUUAGUGGCAGCUUCUCCCCUAGAACGGGGGUUCCUGGCAUUCAGGAGCCAUCAUUUCCAAGGAAAGACAGGUAAUUUCACUGCCCCUUUGGGCUGCCACUCACUCUCCUUGUUGCACAAGCACAGCCACUAGUGUGCACAUCCUGUGAAGACACCUUGGAAACCUUCCCCAAACUUCCCUUAGCCUGUUCAGAGAAGUAGCGCAGGCAAUUCUGGGCAAAGCAGAACCUCAGGCCCUGAGGGGAGAUGCAGCCUAUGACAGUGUCCCUGAUCUUUUUUUAGGGUUCCCCUGGGAGUGGGGCUGUUUCAGAGAGGCUGACCGGAGAAGCACAGUCUCUCUCUGUGGUAUCACAUUAGAGAGAUGCACAUGAGAAUACAUAUGGCUGGCUGGCUGGCUGGGAUGGACGGACAGACGGGUGGGUGGAGAUAUGAUGGGAGACUGUCUCUGUCUUCGAAAGUUCUGGUAGGCAGGAAGAGACCUGGGCCCCUUCCAAAGGUUCCUGGGUCUUUUCUUGUGGCCCUGACUUCCCUCAGUACCGACAGGGACAGACUAAGCCUAGGUGCCCACGUUUUACUCCUAUGACUACUGGUGACCUGCCUCCCUAGCCUAGGAGGUCCAUCCCCUCAGCCUGCCAUCUCUCUUUUUCCUCAAUUCCACACACCUUCUCUCACUUCUAACCUUCUCGCUCCCACCUGUCCUAGUAUUUAAGGCGAAAGGGGUUCCGUACGUCCCUAAAGAGACGAGCUUUUGGGGCAUGGCAUGCCAUCAUCGGCCCCCUCACCUGACAACACCUCCUACCUGGCGCCAUGCCUAGUCCCAAGCAGAAUUAGAAAACAGGAAAACCAGGCCCCAGCAGAGACUCCACUAUCUAUACUCCUCUCUAUCUGCUAUUUCUAUUGUACAUUCAAUCUGUACAUGUGGGUGUAAAUGCUGUGAAAUGACAAACCCAAUAUUAUACUGUGGCUGGUGGACUAUUUUCAUCCUCAGUGCUGUACAGAUCUAUUUUAAUUGUAUAUUUGAUAUAUUUUUAAUUUUGUAGUGUGGCUGGGCCAGGCCCCAGCCUGUGAGCCUGCAGUGAGUAGGGGGGAGGGGGAGCUGAGCUGGGGCUGUUUGCUUGUGCACUGUGGGCUCUGUAGUGUAUGUUGUAGCCUUUCGCUGUAGGCCAGAACCUGUCCUGGCUGCAUCUUUGCUGUGAGUUGGACAUAGGAUCCAGAGCUCCGUGUGUGUGUGUGUGUGUGUGUGUGUGUGUGUGUGUGUGUGUGUGUUACAUUCGUAGGCGUGAGUGCACGAGGUGCUGAUCUGUGAUAUCCCCACCCACCCAGUGUUCCCCACCUUCUGAAGACCCAUAUCUUUCUCUCUGCUCUGUGGGUGAGGCGUCAGGGCAGGCACUUCUAAGAAGCUCUAGCUGUGGGGAAAGGCAUGUGUUUCCUGCAGGUGAUUCAUUGUCAUCACACCUUUAGUGGCAAGGAGGGCCUUGAGUGGGGGGAAAGCCCCCAAGUUUAUUUCCCAGUUGGCUUUCUGUUGUUCACACUGGAGUCCCACUGCCUUCCACAGACAGUGCCGGGUUUCUUAGGCUAAGCUAGCUGGAGGAAGGCACCUCUCUGCCCCUUCUGUCCUGCAUUUGUCCCCGAGAAAGUCUUGAGUACUCAGAAAGCAACAGCUGCUCCUCAGACCUCUGCUGGCUUCUCAGGAGAGCUGAGGCAGAAUCACCUGAGCUGGAAGUGAGGGUCAGGUUUCCAAGUCUUUGCCCAGGGUCCCCAAUGCAACCAGUUGGUGCUGUCCAUACAGUGCCUCCCAAGAGACAAGGGUUUGGGGUGGGGCUGUUUGAGUUGGGACAGUGCAGGCGUCACCUAAGGGUUCUCUGUUCUGCCUGCCUCACAGCCCCAGUCACCAGCUUCUUGCUCAGGGAGCUCCCAGGCCUCUUCACAGAGACAGCAUGAAGCCUGAGGUCCAGUUUGGGUGGUGGGGGAGACAUGAGUUGCAGAGGGAUUGCAGGUAAGGUUGGCUUCUGCCAUCAAGCAAUAAAUCUUCAGGGGCUGCUGCUUUUUAAGUGCCAGGAAAUGCCCUUGAGAGGCAACCUGUCUGAGCUGUGAGCCAGGCCCAAUCAGGCCUGCAGUAUUACUAGGUAGGAGCUGCCCUCCUACCCUUCCUUACCGCCAGCUCUCCCACAACCAGAAGAGCAAGAGUGAGUGGGUCGCAAUACUGUGACUCUCUGUGAACCCCUGUGUCCCUCCUCCUAGGUCUGAGCUGCAGGAAGCUGGGGGAGGAGGGCCCAGGGUCAUUUUUCAUGAGACGUCCUGCUUUGUACAGACCUAAACACAUGCCAGGCAGUCACUUCAGAUCCUGACACAGGUUCAGAAUGGUUAAAGUUCAUGUGUCCUGGACUGGUCAGUAUAACUGACCAGGAGGGGGGAUGAGGCAUUGUUACCCCAGGGCCCUACCCCGUCAUCUCCCUACCCUGGUGUACAAUAAAGUGUCUGUUCUUACCA